CUCAAAACAAAAGAAGAAAGAAAAUAAAAAAACACAUUCACUCUGUCUCUGUUAUCUUCUCCUCUCUCUCUCUCUCUCUCACUGUAAACACCCAAAAGCUACAGUUCUUAUAGAUUCUUUCCUCUCAUAAUAAUAACUCGUAAUAAGUUUGUUUUGGUGCUUUCCUUUUUCUUUUUUAUUUUUUCUUUUUUCAGAAACCUCAUUUUUAGAUUCUAUACUUUCCUUCAAAUCUCUCCCAAAUUACUUUCUUCUUAAUUUCCCUUUUCUCUCUCUAGAAUUCUUGUUUCAUAUCUUUUUUUUUUCUUUUCUCAAGAAUUAUUGUCAAAGUUGGUUUUUUUUUUUAAUGGUUUUUGAGUUUGUAGAUAAAAAUUGAAGCUGAAUUGGGGUUAAUUAAGAGGUUUAAUUGCAUAUUCAUAUAUAUCUAGGGUUUUUGUUUAAAUUAUUAUAAUUUUUAAGAAAUGGAGAAGUAUGAAUUGGUAAAAGAUAUAGGAUCUGGGAAUUUUGGAGUGGCGAGGCUCAUGAGAAACAAAGAGACCAAAGAACUUGUUGCCAUGAAGUACAUCGAGCGUGGCCAUAAGAUUGAUGAAAAUGUGGCAAGGGAGAUCAUAAAUCACAGAUCACUUCGCCACCCAAACAUAAUUCGCUUCAAGGAGGUGGUUUUGACACCAACCCAUCUAGCUAUUGUUAUGGAAUAUGCUGCUGGAGGGGAGCUCUUUGAGCGAAUCUGCAAUGCUGGAAGAUUCAGUGAAGAUGAGGCUAGAUACUUCUUCCAACAGCUUAUUUCAGGCGUCAGCUACUGCCAUUCCUUGCAAAUUUGUCAUAGAGAUUUAAAGCUGGAAAAUACCUUGUUGGAUGGAAGCCCAGCACCGCGUCUGAAAAUCUGUGAUUUUGGUUAUUCCAAGUCAUCCUUGCUGCAUUCAAGACCUAAAUCUACAGUUGGCACUCCAGCAUAUAUUGCACCAGAGGUUCUAUCACGCAGAGAAUAUGAUGGCAAGAUGGCAGAUGUAUGGUCUUGUGGUGUGACUCUUUAUGUUAUGCUGGUGGGAGCAUACCCAUUCGAAGAUCAAGAGGACCCGAAGAAUUUCAGGAAAACAAUCAACAGAAUAAUGGCUGUUCAAUACAAGAUCCCUGACUAUGUCCAUAUAUCUCAAGAUUGCAGACAUCUUCUUUCUCGCAUAUUUGUUGCAAACCCAUCCAGAAGGGUCACUAUAAAAGAUAUCAAGAGCCAUCCUUGGUUUCUGAAGAACUUGCCAAGGGAACUGACAGAGGCAGCUCAAGCAAUGUACUACAGGAAAGAGAAUCCCACCUUCUCAUUGCAAACUGCUGAGGAAAUCAUGAAGAUUGUGGAAGAGGCCAAAAUUCCUCCCCCUGUGUCUCGAUCUAUUGGAGGCUUUGGCUGGGGAGGAGAAGAAGAUGGCGAUGGGAAGGAAGAUGACACAGAGGCUGAAGAAGAAGAAGAAGUAGGGGAAGAAGAUGAGUAUGAGAAGAGAGUUAAGGAAGCACAAGCGAGUGGAGAAUUUCAUGUCAGUUAAGGAUAAAUUUGCCCCUUGUCAGAUACUAGUGAUCUCAAGUUUUGCCUUUUGGAUAUUUAUAGAAUGGUAUUGUGCUUGUAUAAAACUCUGUACUUAGAACAUGGUCUUGAAUAAGUGUUUGUAAAUUAUAAUAUAUUGGGCAGGAAGGGUGUGUUUCCAACUUGUGUAUUAGAGUGUCUGUGUUAUUGAAGAACUGGAUUUAUGGGGAUUUCAAAAGUAAUUAUCGGAGUCUGUUCUUCUUUAGCUUUUAUUUAUGAGGAUUAAGAUUAUUAUGUAAUGAACGAAGGUUCCCCGAUUUGAAGAAAAUCUUAUCAGGUAUUGUUUA